AUGAGAUUCAUAAUUUUAGUUUUUUCUUUCAUUAUUGGUACUACUGCUAAUCGUGACUAUUUAGCUCUUAAUUGUAAACCAAAAUCUUCUGGAACUUGUUUGAUUUUUUUAACACCAGAAGGAAAAACAUUUAAAAAUUACUUUCUUCCAUGUUUAGAUGGUUUAACUUAUGCAGCCCUUGCAAUGGGUACUGCAGGUUAUGAAGUAGAUCCUAAAAAAAUUCUUGGACAAGCAAAUGAAGAUAUAGAAGAGAAUGUUACACAAGGAGAUUAUAAAUGUUUCUGGAAAAAAUUAAAUGAUAGAGAUAUUGCUCCAAAAGAAGAUGUAUCAGUUAUAUUAAUAGCAGAAAUUAAUUCAUUUUUCUUACCUGAUGAUUAUAAAAAUAAAUCCAGUGUUUUCAAUGCCCAAGCAAGAUUUGAUUCUUUAAGAGAUUUUCGUCCUGUAACAUUAUGUUUGGCUUCUUCUGAUUUUAAAAGUUUUGGUUGUAAUGGAAAUUCUUCAGAAUCAUCUGAGCCAAUGACCGUUUUAUCUAUUGAUUUUGGUAUGGCAGACUAUACUAGAAAUACAGAAUACGUAAUUAAAAUAAUAAAUAAAAUUAUAAAAGAAGAAGUGGACCAAAACAUUAUGAAAAAAAUUACUAAAAUGUUGAAUCUCACAUACAGCGAUCCAACAAACGUUACAGUAAUUGAUGAUUUAAAAAAAGCAGAAGAAUAUAUGGCUUAUUUAAAAGAAAAUUCUCUUACUUCUCCAGUUACAUUUCAAAUUACUCGUAGACCUAUGGUUGUAACGCAAUCUUUUUAUAAACCUAAAGUUUUAACAAAAUCUUCUCGUAGACCAAAAACUAUAACACAAUCUUCUCGUAAACCUAGAGUUACAAUGCGAUAUAUUCGUAAAUUUAUUCGUACGACUGCUCGCCCAACUACCAAACGUUUUACAAAUUUCCGUACUAGGGUCACUCUUAAACCAGCAAUUAAAAAAAAAGAAUAUACUAGAAUUACAACUACAAAGAAAUUAAUUAAAACUACUUUACGUCCAACAACCAAACUUUAUAGUAAAUCAAAUUCAGAAGUUAAACCUAAAUCAAAAGUUACACAACCAAGUCGUAUUCCAGUAAGAAUUAGAAGUAAUUUUGCCCAGAACGAUUAA